UUGGAACGAUAGUGAGGGAGGCGUCGCAUGGGUACCCCCUUGCGAUGGCAGAAUUGAAAGAAUGUAAACUUCAACUCUGCAUUAAAAUACAUUUGCCAAAGUGACUCAUCUACAAUGUCUAUCGAAAAUAUGAAACAAUUUGUGGUAAAAAGACCUGAAUAACAGCACAACAAAGGUUUUGAAAGGUACACUUUUAAGAAGUCUUUGCCUGCCGACAACAGAUGAGUUCGAGCUCACCAUAACAUAAACAAGCAGUCAGUCACCCUUAUUGGAAUUCUUUUUCUUCAAAAAUGGAUGAAUAUUUGGAAGAUUUGCUUGAAAUAGAAGAAAUUGCAGAAUGGGAAGAAAUGAUCAACAGGCAGAGGCGGCAACGCAAAAAACGAAUAGAUCCUCUUCUGUAUUAUUCAGAAAAGGAGUUUCAACAGCGAUACAGACUUUCAAAGGAACUGUUCACUGAAUUGUUAGAGAGAAUAGAACCUCAGUUACCUAAUUCACUGGACCAAAGAGGACAACGAAUUUCUCCAUGCAAUCAAUUUUUGGUAACCUUAAGGUACAUGGCUACUGGAAAUUUCCAGUUGACGUUGGGAGAUUGUUCAGAUAUGGCCCAGAGUAGUGUGUCGAGGUGCCUUAAGGAUGUUUGCGCUGCUGUUGCCACCCUUGCACAAGAAUUUAUCAAAUUCCCAACUCCACAGGAUGAGAACAAAAUGAUGAUGGAGUUUUCACAAAUAGCUGGAAUGCCUGGUGUGAUAGGCUGUGUAGAUGGUACUCAUAUACCUAUAAAGAGUCCUGGAGGUCCUAAUGCAGAAUUGUACAGGUGCAGAAAAAUUUUUUUUUCUAUAAAUGUCAUGGUUGUAUGCGAUGCUUCUUUGAGGUUCACUAAUGUAAUUGUAAAUUGGCCAGGCAGUGCUCAUGACUCCAGAAUAUUUUCUUCUUCAAGACUAGCACAGAGCCUAGAGUCUGGUAUGUACAGAGGUUUUUUGUUGGGGGACAGUGGUUAUCCAUGCCGUCCUUAUAUAAUGACACCAUUUCUUGCUCCCAAUACACAUAAACAAAGACAUUAUAAUGUUGCGCACAUCAGAACUCGCAAUCUUAUAGAGCGCGCCAUAGGACUGCUUAAAAAAAGGUUUGCAGUGUUAUCAAUACCGGUCAGAACAAAGUUGAAUAAUACUAAGAACAUAAUAAUUGCUUGUGCAGUCCUUCAUAAUUGUGCAAUAACAAACAGAAUACCUCUACAGGAUGAAGAAAAUCUUGAAUUGGAUCCUGGUGAACCUGAUGUGGGUAUCAUUGAAAGAGCUGACAAUAUCCAAGGAGCUCAACGUAGAGCCCACAUUGUUGACAGUUUUUUUUUUAGUUUAAGUAGAUUAUGUAUUUAUUUUCUGUUAAUUAGGUUUAAAGUAGUGCAAGGAACCCCCGGUUCUGGUAAUUUGCACUUUAAUAAUAAAUCUAUAAUCUUAUUACUUGCAUUAUUGAAGAACCAUUUUAAAUUUUGAAUUGAAUAAAGUGACAACACAUUAACCCGAGAAUGCUUUUGUCAGAGCUA